CGGGGGCGGGCAAGCGGCCAUCUUCGGGGCGCCGCGCUUUCCCGGCGGAGGCGCGGGCGUCGCGGGACCAGCGGGGAAAUUUGUGGGAAACUCCUCCUUAAAGAGGGAUGACAUGUAACGGCCCCACUUCGGAGGACCCUGCCCAAGAGCUGGCUCAGCUGGAUUCCAGACGAGAAACGUUUGCCAAUUUUCCAAGUCACUGCCCUGUUUCUCCCUUGGCUCUGGCCCAGGCGGGUUUCUUUUACACUGGAGAGGGAGACAAAGUCAGGUGCUUCAGCUGUCUUGCAACCCUAGAAGGAUGGAAACAGGGGGACUCAGUGGUUGGAAGGCACAAAGACAUUUCUCCAAACUGCCAGUUUAUCAAUGAUGUUAGCUUUGAACAGCAUCAUCUGCUUUCUGUGGUCCCAAAUGGCCCUCCUGGAAGAGAAACCUGCUUUGCAGCCACCUCUGUCCCACCAGAUCUCGAUCUGUCCCCUGAUUUUGAGGCAGAUUACUUACUGAGAACCAGGCAAGUGGUCGAUCUCUCUGGCUCCCCUUAUCCCCAGAAUCCUGUCAUGUGUAAUGAAGAGAUCCGGCUGAGAUCUUUUCAUUGCUGGCCUCCCUACGCGCCGGUCACUCCAAAGGAGCUGGCCAAUGCUGGACUCUAUUACAGAGGCGUUGAUGAUGAAGUUGAAUGCUUCUGUUGUGGGGGCAAGAUGAAAAACUGGGAACCCGGUGAUCAGGCUUGGUCAGAGCACCGUCGUCAUUUCCCGAGAUGCUUCUUUGUCCUUGGUCAUGAUGUUGGCAAUGUUGGGACAGUUCCAAACCAGUCAGGGGAUGCACAGCUGGAGAGAAACAACGCCCAUCGGGUCCACCUUCAUAAGCCAUCUAUGGCAGAUUUUGCAAACCGCCUCAAGACUUUUGUGGCAUGGAAUUCCUUGGUUAGCAAGGAGAGGCUUGCUCAAGCGGGCUUUUACAGCCUAGGAACUGGCGACAGCGUUGAAUGCUUUUCCUGCGGUGGUGGUUUGAAAGAGUGGAAGGCUGGUGAGGAUCCAUGGGAGGAGCAUGCAAGAUGGUACCCUGGGUGCAAAUAUCUGGGAGAAGAAAAGGGCCAGGCUUUUGUGAACAGCGUUCAUUUAAAUCCUUUGCCACAGGAAUCAGCUAUAGACGAGUCUGAGAAAGUAUUAACUAUUGAAGAUGAGGAACAAUUGCAAAACCAGGUGGUCCAGAGUGCAUUGCAAAUGGGGUUCAGCAAGGAGGAAAUUAGGAAAACGGUGGAAAGAAAACACUACCUUUCGGCCGAGCACUACCGAUCCGUUGAGGCUCUUGUCACGGACUUAAUCGGUGCCCAGAGAGAGAAUCCAUCCAGUGCACGUUUGGGAAAUAAUCUGCAGAAAGAUCUCAGCACUGAAGAGAAGUUGAAACGUUUGGAGGAAGAGAAGAUCUGCAAGAUCUGUAUGGAUAAACCCAUCUCAGUGGUCCUCAUUCCCUGUGGACACCUCCUGGCUUGCCAAGACUGUGCUGAGGUGGUAGAAAAGUGCCCGUGGUGUUGUAAGAUCAUUGAAAACAGGCAGAAGAUCUUUAUGCCCUAGUUGGAUGUGCCAGUUGUGAGAUUCCAUUAAAGAGCAAGCGCUGACCCAGAUACGCAGGUGUUGACUCAAAAAUGGAUUUGGUGAGAAUAAGCUUUAAUUGGAUGCGCUGUGUCGUGGUAUGAAUCACUGAGAUGGUGUUGAUUGGGUUUUUAAUUCUACCAUUAAAGUGGAUGUACUUUUAGCCUUAGUGCCUGAACCUGAGAGCUUGCAAUCAGGCAUUAUUGACAUUGGGGCCAGAAUCCUUUCAGGGUUCAUCAUAGAAGAGCCUUUUCAAUAGUGGAGAGGAUCUGCAACUCAUGUUGGAACUGCGGGGUUCUUGGUAUUCUUUGAUCUUUUCUCUCACAGUGUUUAAUCUCCUGAUAAUGAAACAUAUGCAAGUGCACCAAGAACUUGACAACAGCUGUUGUGGUGGAUACUGAGGUCUUUCCCUGUGCCCUUCCUCCGUUAAGAUUCUUAGAGAAUUGCGAAACAUGCUCCUGAAAGUUUGACGGCCAUCUGAAAGUCGCCUUCCUUUUUUUGUUUUUGCAUGCAAUACCAACGUCUUUCCAAUCUUCUGUCCAUCCCAAUUGCAGUCUGAAGCAGUAUAAGCCAGACACAAGGUCAGCACUUUAGUGAAAAACAGCUGAGUGGAAAAGGGGGUGAAGACUAUUUCAGAACAAGGGAAGAGGUAGACCUAGCAUUAUAUCCUCUCAGAUUUUUCAGGUGCAGCAGCACCAACAGUUGUAUUUUGCAAAUCCAACCACCUUUCCUUUGCCUUUCUCUUGGAAGGCAGAUGCUAAUCCCAUGGCUUCCUUCUUGACAUGACCAACUUAAUUGCAGAAAAGAGGAGCCACCCUCUUGACACCCUUCCUAUCCCAGUUGAAGGCUUACCUGGGCUUUAGCAUGUCAUCCGUAUGUGGAGUGGCUGAAAUUGCAGAAACUAGAAUGGAAACCUACAACUGGAUUUCGUUGCACAUUCCAGUUUCCACAAAUACAACAUGACAUGCUUGGAUCCAGAUGUCAUGGCAAAGUUUGGGUAAUGAGCUCCACAUCAGUUUGGGUAAGAUGGUGGUAUGUGCGUCCUCAUUCCCUUUUCUCGGUGGAUUAGGGUGAUGCAUGAACAUGGCUUGAGUUUUUAUCGUGGAUGUGUAGAAUUGAGCUGUUGUUCUGGUGUACUAGAGUACAGUUUCAGACGUGGAUUACCUGCGUUUCCCACUUGCAAUCAAUCAGGUAACAAAAUGUGAGCUGAAUGGAACAUUAAUCAAACACCAUCCCUGUUGCCUCCUUGUUGAAGAAAGAGUGAGAACUAGGUCAUAUUUUUAAAUUCCGGAAGAGUAAGUGUGAUGGGGGUUAAUUUUACUUCAGGGACUCCUUCGCCUUGGUUAAAUUGCUAACAGGGAAUGCUAGGAUGCAAAAUCUCUAAAGCACUAGCUGAUAAUAGAUCCCAUUUUGAGAUUGAAAUAUCCCUCCUCCUCCUAAUUUUGUGCUUCCUGAUCACGGAGAUCAGCGUGACCCGAUUCCUUUCCUCCUAGUAAACAUGUACUUCGUGAUUCCUAUCUCGCUAAAAUAAUCUAGCUAUUUUACCUU